AUGACACCCGCUGCCACCGGCCCCGGCAGCCCUCUCAUUGCUGGCGUUGCCAUGUCGGGCGGCGAAUUCAACGACUUUUCCGAUGACGACCUCGGUGCCAACAACCUUUUCGACUUCUCUAACAGCCCAGAUACCCUCCAGAGCCUAGAGUCGCUCGGCGCCGGCGACCCCAAGGCCUUUCUAUCUCCUCAGGAACUCUCCGCAGGUCCUUUCCCCGAUUCUCCCAACGGCUCUUAUCACGACUCGUCCUCCGAGUCGGCCUCCUCAAAACGCACCGGCAGCUCCACCUCCUCCAAGACGCCCGCUACUACCACCGAUGUAAUGAUGGAUGACGGCGAUAUCAAGAUGGAAUGGGGCAACCCAGGGUUUGGCACAUUUACCGACGACGACGCCACAUUUGGCUUUGGCCGCGAUGCCGACCCCUCUACCCUCGAUGGCAUUUACGGCUUCGGCCAGGACGACAGCUUCCUCGACCGAUCUUUCGACUUCGAGAGCGCUUCAAGUAGCCCCGAGAUGGCGAAUGGCGCCCAACCUAGCAUGGCGUCCCCCAAGAUGCCUACCAUCAAGACAAACAGCCCCAUGAAGUCAGAGGCACCCCCCAAAAGGGUCAAGACGAAUGCUCAAGGUCACCACAAGGCCCCUUCGCAAUACUCUGUAUCAUCCUCUAUGAACGGACGGAAGACGGCCGGAUCGCGCGAGGUAUCGCCCAUGUCCAAUAUUGUAAUGAGCCACGGUGGCUCGCCGGCAGCCCUCUUUAACUCCCCCUCGCCCAACGCCGGGCCCGAUUUCGCCAGAGUUAUGAAUGGGAACUUGGGUAACGCUAUCUGGCCAACCGGGUUGGAUGGCGCCGCACCCACUCUGGACGGCCUGCCCAAUCCCCUCCAUUUUGGCGUUCAAAUGAACCAACCAAUGUCGAUGCCACAACAGAUGCCGAUGCUCACCCCGCCUGCGUACAACUUCGCCGGCCUAUACGAGCUCAAGAUUCUGCCCACUCCUCUCAAGUCCCGUGUUGAGACUCAGAUUCCAAUCAAGAUGACUCUGACUCCUCUCCCCCCCGGUGUCACCAAGCUUCACCUCCCCGCUCAUACCAUUUCGAAGCCUAAACUCCUCGCUAAGCCGACUCCUGAGAGAACCCCGGAUACGCUUGAGCUCUUUGUCACAUUGGUGUGCACCAGCGCCAUGGAGGGACCCGACAGGAAGAAGCACGCCUUGGAACGAGCUGCGUCUCAUCCCCAGGGUUAUCUGCCUAGUAUGGACGAUGAGGAGAACUCCCCUCAGAAUGGUGGCGAUGUACGAAUAUGCCCAGGAUGUAUCACUCGAGAACGGAAGCGGGCCGCAAGGAAAAAGAUCAAGAAGCCUGACGAGGAGAAGCUUUGGAGCCAGGACGAGGAGCGCCGCGUUAUCGUCUUUAACACACAAGAAGUGAAGGAGUGGCAGCCUGUCAGCCCUGUCACAGACUCGAAUGGAAACCCGGAGCCCGUCGUGGCUGAUGGUGGCAUGCAGAUUGAUGCCCCGAUGCGCAUUGCCUGCUACUGUCGGCACCAUGGUGAGAAGAUGGGAUUUAACGUCGUCUUCACGAUCAAGGACUUCCAGGACCGAGUCAUUGCGCAAGCCAUGUCGAAUCCUAUCAUGAUCACCGACGAUCACAAGACGCACCCUAUGGCCCAAAAUGCGACACAACCCUCGAUACCGGAAGCCCCAGUUGCCGCUUCAGCUCCGGUAAACCCUCAACCCAUCGACACUAGUAACCUAGUCCCCCCUACACCUACCGGCAAUUUCCGUAUGUCGACGUCCAGCAGCGACCUCUCGAAUAUGCAACAUCGGAACAGCCUGUCAUCUUACCCGACCUCUUCAUCAGGCAAGACGACACCCACAGGGGCCACAUCCCGAACAUUGUCUCGUCCUGCUUCACCGACCUCAGGAGGACCUAUGUCGAAGAAAAGGAAGGCGAGCGGGUCGAGGGUGCCCAAUGGUCUCACCAUGACUCGUCUUGACACUUCUCCCUCGCCUGGUGCUCAGGCGACCAGCAACCAGAUGAAUACCACUACCUCCCCCUUCACCCCGAACCUCAACGCCUUCUCGCAAGCGGAUAGCUUGUUUGGACAACAAAAUGGCAUGGCUCCAUUCGCUACUGGCCCCCCUACUCCUAGCAGCAAUGACCAGCCCGCCUUCUUUACUAAUAACCGAUCUGCGAGCAUGGACAACCUGGCGAUGGCCCAGCUGUAUUCGGCACCUGCUUCAAACCACGCAAGCCGAGCCCCUAGUCCGAACGGCCUGAGGAACAGCGUGAGCGCAGCGACUCAGAAUCAGUUCAACCAACUCAAUGGCGCCAUGUACUCACUGCCCCUGGGCUUGAACCAGACUCGCGUGCCCCCGAUAAUCCACAAGAUCAUCCCCAACGAAGGUCCCAAGAUUGGAGGAAUCGAAGUGACUGUCCUAGGUGCGGCCUUCUUCCAAGGACUGGAAGUCUGGUUUGGUGAGCAGAAGGCGACUACUACCACUUUCUGGGGCGAGUCGUCUCUCGUCUGUCUGUUGCCUCCUUCGCCUGUCGCAGGAGCUGUUGCUGUCACCUUCAAGCAUCAGGCUGCACAAGCCGCCCAAGCUUUCCCCAUGGGCAAGCAACCGCCCAUCUUCAAGUACAUUGACGACAACGAGGACAAGCUCAUCAGGACUGCCCUGUCCGUCCUCGGCCACAAAAUGUCUGGCCAGAUGGUCGAUGUUAGUGAUCUGGCCCGAAGGAUCUUGAACGACGGUAGCUCUGGUUGGUCGGGCGGUGGUGGCUCUGCUGGUGGUUCAUCUGGUGGCCAGCCACCAGGCGGUCAGAUGUUUAACCAUGCGCCAUACGCCCAUCUGGAGUCCCAACUCCUGAAGUGCCUCGACCUGAUCGAUCUCGACGACAGCACUCACAGGACUCGCCUGGAUCUCAAGAGAACAACCGGCCAUACCAUGCUCCACUUGUCCUGCUCGCUUGGCUACCAUCGAUUUGUUGCUGCUCUUUUGGCUCGCGGAGCAAACCCUGACGCUCGUGACAAGGGUGGGUUCACACCUUUGCACUUGGCUGCCAUUCACAACCACCCCGAGAUUGUGCGUAGGUUGAUGCUCCACGGUGCCGAUCCUACCAUCCGAAGCUUGUCUGGACUCGCUGCCGCCGAUGUGGCCCAGUCCCGAGCUGUCCUUCGCGCCAUUCGCCGUUCCGAACGCCAUGUCCGAUCCCGCAGCAGUGGUGCCUCGCUUCAUAGCAGAGCCAGCAGCGCCACAUCGCUUCGAUCGUUGUGGGAGCCUAUGAGCAAGAUCCACAGUCACGAGGAGCACAUGUCAGCCGACUCCAGCGAGGAGAGCCCAGAGUAUACCUCAGGGGACUUUGAGGACGAGGACCCUGAUGAAGACUCUUACUUGAGAAUGAGAAGACCUAGCGGACUACGACAAGACCGACCCACCCUCCAACGCCAGAAGACAGCCGAGCUGGAGCUCGACGAUGAGGACUUGGUUCCUCCGGCAAUGGCGCCGGCCGCCGCGUUCAGAGAUCAACUGCAACAGCCACUGCAACAGGUCCAACAGCAGUUGCAACAAUUCCAGCAAUCCAUGGCUUUGCACUUCCAGAACCUGCCUCACUUCCCCCAGAUGCCUGACUACCAGGCAAUACAGCUGGCUCCGUUCAUGCGAGCGAUGCAGCAGCUGAUGCCGGGCAUGUCCGGAGCCCGUCCUGACGCGGAUGGCGAACAACCUCGCUGGUGGGACAUGACUCCCAAAACUAACCCCGCAGCUCCGCCUGCAUACGAAGAGUUGUACCCCCAACAAGAGCUCGACCGCAAGCAAGCGUCUGCCAUCCAGGCUGCCUGUGACGCCGAGGCCGACAUAAAGUGCGCUAGCCUGUACGAUCAGCCGUCCACAUCCGAGGUUGUUGAGGGCAAGACUCAGGUGCCGAGUGUUCUCAUGAUUGGCCGAAAGAAUGCCAUCACAAAGGAACAGCAGGAGCAGUUCCUGGCGGCACGUGAGGAGAAGUUGAAGAAAAUUGGGAGUGACCGCAACCUGUUCUUGCUCUGGAUCCCUCUUCUUAUAAUCAUGGUUUGCACCAUGCUUUACAGCUACUUCCCCUCGCUGGUUCCCUUCGCUUGGGCAUUCGCCCGUUCCCUUUGGGAGGGCGGCAUCGACAAGACUCAUCAACUCAUUCAACAGAACAUCCCCGAGCGAGUUGUCGAGCUUUGA